AUGGCACAGCAACAUUCAGACAUUGCGCGUUCCGCGAUCAUGACGUCGGCCUCGUCGCCUGAACAUCAGCGAAACGGUGUCACAUCGGAUGGAAACAAUCAUGCAGGUUCUAAUAAGAACGGGACGGGGAAAGACGCCAGUCUUAUGCCGCCGAAGACUUUGGUCGGACGAGCGCUAGGGAACGAACUGCAUUCCGAUGCCCACAAGGGAUCUCGUGCGUCUAAGGACGGUGUCGGGUUCGCCCUAACAGACACUCCGAUUUCUACCGCACCUCCGUCUCCACAGAUCAAUGGCAUUAGCCAGGUGUCGACCCCAAGUCGAGUCCGUGCCACCACUCUCGAUAUCCCAGGUCUGACCAAGUCCAAAGUGUCUCCCGAUGGACGUAUCGCUCAGAGAGAUCUCGGCUCCAAGCUGGUGAUUGUCAUGGUCGGCCUUCCCGCCCGAGGCAAGAGCUAUGUUACGAAGAAGCUGGCUCGCUACCUAAACUGGCUGCAGCAUGAUACAGAGAUUUUCAAUGUCGGAGAACGUCGUCGUGUCGCGGCAGGCAAGUCUCCUUCUCCGGCUAAAGCCAUGGGCCCUCGUGACAAGCGUGCGUCGGUGCAUAAGGAUCUCGUGGACUCUGUGCGACGUCUCAGUGUGAGCGUGGGCACGAUGAACACACAGCCCUCUCAGACUGAGAUCUCACCUCCUGAGUCUGCUACCUCGCCUCCGGAAAUUAACAGCCUCCCGCCACCGGUCGUCACCGCUAAGAUCCUAGUCAAUGGGCAGGAAGAAGAUCCCUCUAUGCAACAGGAGGGCAGCACGAUCAUAACCUCUAUCGAUGCAGGACCGGACAACCAGCAGACGGUCACGGAAGCAUCACCGGAGCCAAUGGAUCAAUCGGCAUCGUUCUUCGACCCACAGAAUGAGCGUGCUGUCAAGCUGCGUGAACAGGUUGCCCUGGAUACCCUGGAUGAGCUCUUAGACUAUAUCCUUGUGCAGGGCGGCAGUGUGGGUAUUCUCGAUGCCACCAACAGCACCCUCGAGCGCCGCAAAUUGAUCGUCGACCACAUUCGCCAAGUUGCUGGCCCUGAGCUGGGUGUCUUGUUCUUAGAGAGCAGCUGUGUGGAUCCCGAGCUCUUGGAAGCCAACAUGCGUCUGAAGCUAUCAGGCCCGGACUACAAAGGUCAGGACCCAGUGAAGUCGCUGGAGGAUUUCAAGAAGCGUGUAGCCCUCUACGAAAAGUCCUACGUCCCUCUUGGAGAGUAUGAAGAAAAGCACGGCAUGGCUUAUAUCCGAAUGAUCGAUGUCGGACGCAAAAUCGUCUCUCAUCAAACCCAUGGCUUUCUUUCCUCGCAGGUUGUCUAUUAUCUCUUGAAUUUCAACCUCUCUCCGCGUCAGAUCUGGAUCACCCGUCACGGCGAGAGUAAGGACAACCAGCUGGGCCGGAUCGGAGGCGAUUCCGAAAUUAGCGAAAACGGGCGCCGUUAUGCCAAGGCUUUGACCCGUUUCAUCGAUUAUCAACGGCAUCAAUGGGAGCAGUUACAGCAACAAAAGAAUAUGCUGCGACACUUCCCCCCACGUCCCGGUGACAGUACGCCUCCCAACCCUUCCUACAUUCCAAGAGAUCGGCCGCGUAACUUCUGUGUGUGGUCGUCAAUGAUGCGGCGCUCGGUCCAGACGGUUGAAGGAUUCAACGAAGAUGAGUAUGAUGUCAAACAGAUGAAAAUGUUGGAUGAGCUGUAUGCUGGAGAGAUGGAAGGCAUGACGUACAGCGAGAUUCGCGAAAAGUAUCCCGAAGAGUACGCGAUCCGCAAGAAGAACAAACUGUUCUAUCGUUAUCCCGGCCCUGGAGGCGAAGGGUAUCUAGACGUCAUCAACCGCCUUCGCGCUGUGAUCAUCGAGGUAGAGCGGAUGACGGACCACGUCUUGAUUGUCACCCAUCGGUCGGUGGCGCGUGUUCUGCUCGCUUACUUCCGUGGACUGAAGCGGGAUGAAGUUGCCGACUUGGACGUGCCUCUAGGAAUGCUGUACAUGCUCGAGCCCAAGCCUUACGGCGUGGACUUCAAGGCCUAUCGCUACAAUCCUGAUACCGAUUGGUUUGACCAUAUUCCUGACUUUGAACUGAGCCAAGCCCCCACUUAUUGA